AUGACGGUCGAAGCGGCUCACCCACCCCAACCACCACUACCCGGAGACUCUGCCACUACCAAGGCUGAGAAAAUCGAGCGUCACGGGUUACCCGAUGCAACUUCUCCCGACGCCUCUCCGGCGAAACGUAUUCGACUGGCAGACAGUACAACGGAUAUGUCAGUUAGACAGAAAGGAGUCGCUCCCAUUAAAGCCGAAUACCUGCUAGACCCCGCCACACUCAGACACGGGCGAGUUGUGGCCGAGCGGGAUGACGACGUUGCCGAAGGAGCAAAGCACUCCGGCCAGGACAGUAGCCAGGCAGGAGGCAAGAAAGGAAAAAAAGACAAGGAGCGCGGUCAGAACAAGGACCGCCAUUACGGUAGCCACAGAGAUGUUCUGCAGCUUUGCUCAUCUGUGGCGUUCAGCCCCGAGUUUUCCCCUCAACAGUGCAAGUUUGGCGACAAAUGCAAGUAUGAACAUGAUCUUCGCAAGUACCUCAGCGAGGGCAAGCGCCAAGAUCUUACAACUUUUGAGAUAUGCCCCGUUUGGGAUAAGCGGGGCUGGUGUAAUGUGGGGUGGAAGUGCCGUCUCGUUGGCACCCACUCUGAGGAGAGAACAACUGAUGAUGAGCGAAAGGAGCUAGUCUUGGUUGAGGAUCCGGUACGGAAGGAAAAGGCAGAGCAGGCCAAAGAAGAGCAUGGGGAUGAUAUUGGCCAUGUCAAUGUCGUAUCUGUCCAGCACAAAAUCGAACUCAACAGGAAGAGAAGAAAGACGCCGAAGGCGGACGCCUACCUCGAGUAUAUCAACAACCUGGAAAGGUCACGGGAUAGAGCAUCAAUCUCCGAAGGAGAGGCAGCAGCUGAGAGCAAAGAAGCGAUGGAAGAUAACAGGGCACAGUACAAGGAGCCUCCAUUCUUACCUUCCGAAAAGCGGCGUAUCUACUAUGGACCUGAGACACCUGUCUUGGCCCCUCUCACAACGCAAGGAAACCUUCCGUUUCGGCGACUCUGUGUUGACUUGGGUGCGCAAAUCACUUGGUCAGAAAUGGCCAUGGGUCUUCCUCUAAUCCAGGGCGAGAAGAGCGAAUGGGCAUUAGUCAAAGCGCAUGAAUCCGAAGCUACCGCGCCGCGAUUCCUCGGCAAGAACGACGUUGUGGCUGGCUACGACAACUCGAAGGAUCUCAAGUUCGGAGUGCAGAUUGCGGGGAACAAGCCCUGGAAUGUUCUGAAAACGACCGAGGUGCUUACCGAUCUCUGUCCCCAUCUUCGGGCCAUUGAUCUCAACUGCGGUUGUCCCAUCGAUUUGGUAUACAGGCAAGGAGCUGGCUCCGCCUUACUCGAUGCACGCGGGAAGUUGGAGAAGAUGCUACGGGGCAUGAACGCCGUGUCCGGCGAGGUGCCCAUAACAGUCAAGAUUCGAAUGGGUGUCAAAGACGACCAGCCGACGGCGCAAAAGCUGAUAAACAACCUCGUGCUGGGUGGGCACGAGGCGCGACAGGCAGGCGAAGGGCCUUGCGGUGUGGCGGCCAUCACACUGCACGGCCGCAGCCGGCAGCAGCGGUACACGCGCAGCGCCGACUGGGGCUACAUUUCCGAGUGCGCAGCGCUGAUCAGCCGGCUCAACGCCGAGCGGGCCAGCAUGGCGGACACUGCCGCAGACGUGGACCCACGGAACCAGCCGAACAGCGGCAAGGUGUAUUUUGUCGGCAACGGCGACUGCUACUCACACACGGACUACUACCGGGCCAUCGAGGAGGACAAGGUGGACAGCGUGAUGAUCGCGCGGGGGGCGCUCAUCAAGCCGUGGAUCUUCGAGGAGAUUGAGACGCAGCAGCACUUGGACAAACGGUCAUCGGAGCGGCUGCAGUACGUGGAGAAGUUUGUCAAGAACGGACUGGAGACGUGGGGCUCUGACGAGAUGGGCGUGGGCACGACGCGCCGCUUUCUGCUGGAAUGGCUGAGCUUCACGUGUCGGUACACGCCCGUUGGGUUGCUGGAGCACCUACCGCCCAACAUCCAAGACCGCGCGCCGGCGUUCCGGGGCCGCGAUGAGCUGGAGACGCUGAUGGCUAGCGACAACUACCGUGACUGGAUCCGCAUCAGCGAAAUGUUCCUGGGCAAGGCGCCCGAGACGUUCAAGUUCCAGCCGAAGCACAAGUCGAACGCGUACGAAAUUGAGGCCGAGGGCUAA